UGGUGGUGGGAAGAGGAGAGGAGAGGGGAGAGGAGGGGAGGAGAGGGGGUUCGUUAACUCACCAGAGCCAUGGCCGAGGCACCGACGCUGCAACAGGUCGUGGACAUCGACCCCGACUUCGAGCCGGUGCCGCGGCCCCGCUCCUGCACUUGGCCGCUGCCCCGGCCCGACUUCAGCUGCGCCUCCUCCCCGGCCUCGGCGAAGCAGGAGGGGCAGAGCGAGUUCGCCCUGACCCCGGAGGGCAGCGGCGGCGGCGGCGGCGGAGGCGCCGGGGGGCGGGCGAGCGCUUCGGUGUCGCCGGCUCUGGUGCUGGAGGAGCAGCAGCCGCCGCCGCCGCCGGAGGAGAAGCCCCUGAUCCUGGGGUCCGAUUGCUGCCCCGACUUCCAGUGUCAGCAGCCGGAGGGCUGUCACCAUCCACAGCAUCAGCACCAACACCAGCACCAGCAGCAGCAGCAGCAGCAGCAGCAGAGCCCGGGGGCCGGAGCCCAGGUCACACCGGCCCAGAGGAAGAGCAGCUCGUCCCGCAGGAACGCGUGGGGGAACAUGUCCUACGCCGACCUGAUCACCAAAGCCAUCCAGAGUUCCCCCGAGAAGCGCCUGACCCUGUCCCAGAUCUACGACUGGAUGGUCCGGAGUGUGCCCUACUUCAAGGAUAAAGGCGACAGCAACAGCUCCGCGGGAUGGAAGAAUUCAAUCCGCCACAAUCUCUCGCUUCACAGCAAGUUCAUCAGGGUUCAGAACGAGGGAACCGGGAAGAGUUCCUGGUGGAUGCUGAAUCCCGAAGGCGGGAAGAAUGGCAAAUCCCCGAGGCGUAGAGCUGCCUCCAUGGACAACAACAGUAAGUUUGCUAAGAGCAGAGGGAGAGCUGCUAAGAAGAAGGCAGCCCUGCAGGCAGGCCAGGACGGUAAUGCGGACAGUCCCGGUGCACAGUUUUCUAAAUGGCCUGGAAGCCCCAACUCCCACAGCAACGAUGACUUUGACUCCUGGACCACUUUCAGAACUAGAACUAGCUCAAACGCCAGCACGUUAAGUGGGAGGCUGUCGCCCAUUAUGCCCGAGCAGGACGACAUCGGGGACAGCGAGGUGCAUCAGAUGUCGCCUUUAGUAUACCCCGGGACUUCCAGCAAAAUGGGGUCAACGCUGCCGAGUCUCAGCGAGAUGACCAGUUCCAUGAACAAUUCCAUGUCUGAAAACGUCAUGGAAGAUCUGUUGGAUAAUCUUAACCUCUUGUCCCCAAAUUCGUCCAUGGUCGCCUCUACCCAGCCUUCAUCUGCCUCACUCAUGCAGCAAAGCACCGGCUAUUCCUUUGCGUCGCAGAACACGUCCAUCAGUUCUCAGCCGCCCGACUACAGGAAGUGCCUCUACCCCCAAAGCAGCAUGAACACUCUGCAGCAAAUUCCUUUGCAAACGCUACAAGAAAACAAGCAGGGCUUUGGACCUAUCCACCCGUACACCUGCCCGACAGGACUCCUUAAGGAGCUGCUGACGUCAGACUCUCCGCCGCACAGUGAUCUGUUGCCACAAGUGAGCUCCGUGGUGUCACAGGCCACCAGCAGGAUGCCCAGCCAAAAUAUGAUGAUUGCCACAACUGUGAGGUCCUCGUACCCCAGCCAGCCCCAUCACACCAAGAUGAUGAGCCCUAACAGCCAGCAGCAUCCAGGUCACCAGCAUUCAGUCGCUCUCAAUGGCCGUGCCUUGCCACACGCAGUCAGCAUCAUGAGUCAUCCUGCAAACAUCCGGCAUCUUGCCAUGCCGAAAAGCCAGCUACAAGUCCCCAUGCAGAUAAGUACAAUGGAUCAGUACUCUCUUAACAGUGGCUAUGGAAGAAUGAAUUUCUCCGCUGUGAACCAGGAGAAGCUUCCUAGUGAUUUGGACGGUGUGCUCAUCGAGAGGCUGGACUGUGACAUGGAUUCCAUUAUUCGCAAUGAUCUACUGGACGGUGAUGCUCUAGAUUUUAACUUUGACUCUGUAUUGAAUAACCAAAGCUUUUCAAACAGCUCAAAGGCGUCCACACACAGCUGGGUAUCUGGCUGAAUUACUGACAGACGUCUCUGAAAGCACCCAGACUGGAUUGAAUCGAGAGGGUGGAGGGAGGGGGGAGAAGGAAAGGGGGAAAACAGCCCUAAAGACAUCCUUCACCCUCUCGCCGAAUCUCUUGAUAAAUGCUCCUUUUUUUUCCCCUCUUUCAUCAUACUUGGCAGCAGGGAACAUUUUCCUGCACAGGAUGUUUGCCCAAUGUUUGCAGGUUAUGUGCUGCUUCAGAUAAGGCCUCUGGAAUUUGGAACUGUUUGGCUACAAAGUGCCAAACUCACUACAGAAUGUCGUUUCCAAAUAGAUGUGCACCGUGCGCUUACUUAGCCGAUUGUCUAUUUUCCUUUUGAUCACGAGCGAUACAUAGGGUGGGUUAGAUCUGGCUGUUAACCAUUUGGCUGUAACAAAGGUCACCAGUUCCUUGUCCGUCUCCAAACUUUACAGUGGUCGGUUAGGCAAGCUUUGACGCAAACACCACCUUUGCUAUUCGGUUUACAAAUGCCAUCUUGAUGCAACAGUGGUGGAGUCUUAACCUUUGAUCCGCACAGGCUGAUUUGCAUUCGAGUGUGGGAUCAAUAUGCAGGCAUGUUGGAGCUCGUCGGGGUGAGGUGACACACAGUGGUAUUAAAGAUCUCCUCCCAUUCGCAAAGCUCAGGACAUACGGCUUGCUCUCUUGCUCUAUUGGCGUUGCUUAUUGCAGGGCUUAAAGCACAUUUUAUUUUAACAGCCCUGAAGGGGCCUUUAACGCCAGAAAUGUAAACUAUAUCCCAUCCACGGCCCCCAACCCUCUGCACCCAUGUGGCAUGCUGCGGUGAGAGAGUGGAAUGCUUUGAUACGGGUUGUAUUCUAAAGGCAGCCUUGAAGUGACUCGAGGCUAUAGAGAACACCAGCAUCCAAUAAGCCGCGAUAUUUGAACGUGAACCUUUACUACAAGAAUAUCAGGGAUUUUAAAACAAAAGUACUUUCUUUAUAUUAAAUGCCAUUUGUCAACCCUUACUUACUCAGGAUUCGAUCACAUUUUUUUUUUGCCCCUUUUAAAAACUCACCAGCAUCUGCUGCUUUUAAAAAAAAACACAAAUAAAAAAUAUAGAAAAUUUUACAGAAAAGGUUUAUUCGAAAAAGAAAUGUUGCACAGGAAAGAUAAUCCCUCCUGCCUCUUGCUGUCCUUGUUUAGUCAAUCGUGCAGUGUUAAGUCUGCGAUUUGGACUUCAUGUGAGUGCCGUUGAUUAAACUGUGAUUCCUGUCUCUUCAAACAGCUGACGGACAGAUGUUGGACAAGACUCAGUUUUGAGACCAUUGCACGACUGGGCCAAAAUCCUCUCAGUGUCUCUGAGUUCCCUAUCGUUCGAGCCACUUAAACCCAAUCACUGAGGUCUCAUAUUUACCCUGUACAUAUGUCGUAGGACUGGUGGGGAGGAAAAGGGGAGACUGGAAGAGAGCAUUGCUGAGGCUUGUGCUGUGUAGAUGUUUCCAAGGGACAAAAUCCUACAUUGCAGCUCUUAAAACGCAGUUAGCAGAUGAUUGAAACCCGAAUUGUUGAGGCCUGAAUUAGGCUAUGGAGACAUCUCUCAGCAAUAUCUGCGGGUUCCUACUGGCACUUUGGCCAUAGAGUUUUAUAAAGAAUAGACCCAGUAUUUUUCACUCUCACAUCAGUUUCAGCAUUCUUUCCCCCUCCCCACACACACACACACACAUACAAAUUGCUGAGUUCUUUGGUGUACGUUGGACCAAUUGCUGAGAGGAAUGAAGGAAUAACUGAAGGGGGAGGUAUCUUAGCUCACUCUCACACUGUUCCUAGCAGCUGGUUUUCAGCGUAGUGUCAUUAGAAGCCUCGGGAUAGGUCAAUCGCACGGUGCAAGAGACGAUUAUAAUGGUGGGGAGAGGGGAAAGAAUUUUGGUUCUUUCGUAUAUUUAAAAAAUGACAAAUUCUUAAAAGAUGGACUUUCGAAUAUUUAAAGGAAAACAAACGUCGACAAAGUGCUUCAGUGAUUCACGGCCAUUGGAACAUUUGACCACAGAGACGCCAGAGAAAGCCAAAAGAUGGACUCAUUCAAUGUGUUACAGCUUACCGCUCAAUCAGAUGGCAUUCAGUGUUAUAAUGGGGUUCUGUUUGAUCAUAAACUGACAUGUUUUGGGAUGUAACUUCUUUAGGAAUGAAAUGUAAUGCUGUGCAAUUGCAUUAGCAUCAUUCACAUGUGAAUUUGAACUAUUCCUCUCACUCCCCCGCCCUCCACCCCCACCCCGUCCCAUUAUGUUUAAGAUGAUGCAAAUCAUUAUAAACAUUUUUGUUUUUCUUUCCCUUUGUGAGUUUACAGAAAUCGCACUCUUUCUCACACACACACACACCAAAAAAAAUCAGGGGCAUGGAGCACCUUCAAGAUUUUUUUAUUAACUGGAUUAUAUAAUAAGACUUUUUUUUAAUGUAAACUGAUAGAUUUGUACACCUUCUUAGGUAGGGUGCUAUUAAAGUGACUCUCUGUUUUUAUGUAAAUACGCCAGACCAUAUAAAAUCACAGUUUUCUAAAUUUAAUGAAAGUUUUGGCUGAUGUGGAUGUUUUUUUUGAGCAGGGACUAAUGUAAAAAUUGUAAGGUUCUUAUGUUUUUUGGUCUUGACAUUUUGUUGAAUCUAUUUAACAAUCCAAAUUUCUUAUGAAUUUUCACUCUUGCUUUUAAUGUUAAACUAAAUUUAAAGUACCACAAAGUGUUACAUACCCUUACGUAAGCGCGUGUACAGUACAUUUUUAUGCUGCAGCAUUUCAAUGAUAGUUUUAAUAUAGAUUCUCAAGAAAGCUUUAAGUAGAACUACUAUAAUUGUAAAUGAUUUGCUUUGUGAAAAACAAUGGGCUGAUGAUCUUACCUAUGCAUAUAAAGUCUUAACUUUGAAUUUUGUUUUUUGCAGGUUUGUACUGUUAAAAGUAUAUUAUAAUAUAGAGAUAUCCAGAUAUUUUAAAUGUAACAAAGAGGUUUGGUUUUCAAAUAUAUAGCUAUAUGUAACCAUAAGUGGAAUAUAAAGUUUAUCUAGAACUUAGGAAUGAAAAAAAUCACUCUGCUUUUUGAUAAACUGAUGCUGUUCUUUUCUCAGUACAACUGAUGAGUUUAUGUACUGCUUGACAUAGGCGGCGGGUGAAAAUAUUCUUAGGGGGGUAGUGCGAGGGGGGGGCUGAGUAAAAUUUAGUUAAAGGAUCCUUCCCCUUUUAAGACAGGUGAGCCAUUGGCUUGACUGACAGGUCCAUUGGCUAAUCAGAGGUGAAGAUACCCUAAUGAGCAAACCCCGUCUCCCCCCCACCCCCCCACGAACUGGAAGGUGGGCGGGCACUGCCGAUGAAUUGGGAGAGCGACGAGGAGACCCGCAGGUAACACGGGUUGGGGCUGCUCGGAGGACUGGCUGUGGUCCUAGCGGUUCCCCUUCCAGCGCUCUUUAAAGAGUUGAGCUGUAGAUAGAUUGGAGGGAGGCUGUGCCCCCUCCAGCCCUUGUCACCCGCCACCUAUGUUCCUUGAUGUAAAUGGCGGUUUAGUCAGCAGAGCAUCCCUGGGAAGAGGGAAUACAAUAUUGGACCAAUAGUUUGUAACCAUCGAAAAUUAAUUGCACUUAAGCUUUUUUAAAAAAAAGUGUUUUUAAUAAAUGUACUUUUAUGAAUCAGUAACUAUAAAAUUUAAAAAUACUUACAUUUAUUAACUUAUAAUCGAUUUUAAAAGAUGCGACCGAUUUAUAAAUAAAAGUGUUGCAGCACAAAUAGUUUUUUUUAAAAAAGAAAGAAAAAUCCAAAAUAACUUGCACAAAACUGACCCUUCUUUUGACGGAUGUUCCGCAGACCAACAAUAACCUGGAAUUGGGAUGUAAAUAGCUCGCUGCAGUUUAAAAAGGCUGUAGGAGUACUUGAUCGUUUCACCACUUUAUUUCCUUAACAAUGCAGUGUGUAACUAAAUAUAUUGUUUCAUAGACAAGUGCCUGAUAAUGUACCUUAAAGACACAAGAACAAUCUUUGCUGUUAUUGUAUGGAGCCAUAAGUGUAUAUAAACUCUCUUACCGAAUCCAAA